CACUUGAAAGUUCUAGGUACAAAAUGUAGUAGUAGUAGUCUUCUGCCUUCUCUACUCUAUUACAUGUAUGCUUGUUCAUGUAGUUAAUUUGAUGGCUUUAUGUGAGUGCGCUUUGUAUUUCAGUGAGGCACUAGUAAAUGUGCAUUGUACACAUACUAAGUAAUGAUGCUCACUUGAUUAUUUUUGUAGGGAACGUGUAUGUUCAUUUCCAUCGUUGUUUGUCUGGUUCCUGUAGUGGACUGUUCAGAGGCUGUGGGAGUUGUAGAAAUGACAGAGGAUGAGAAAGAGUUGUGUCUUGAAACGGCUCAGUUCGGCUCAGUUCGAAGACUUUGUGCUACAAUUUAUGGACAGAUGUUUUGCAAUGAUUGCAACUCAUCAUUUGAGAACACGUCAGAGCUAGACAGUACCACGAUGAAAGCUGACCAGCGUCACUGCUUGGAGGGCAUGAUGGGAAUGGGCGUGGCCUCAACAUUUCACGCUAUUCUGAUGCAAAGCUCGCCCAAGAUUUUCUAGGUGAUGGGAAUGGGCGUUGCCUCAACAUUUCACGCUAUUCUGAUGCAAAGCUCGCCCAAGAUUUUCUAGUGUGCUCUUGAUCAGCUGUUUGCAUUUUGUACCAACAAAAUACUUGAAAUAAAGGUUGCAGGAAAGAUGGCAUCAGACAUGUGCCGAGGGGCUGCUAGGGUAGGUGUCAAAAAAAAUACCAGCUGCUUGGUUAAAUGAUAAGUCUCUUCAUAACUAUUAAGUGUCAUGGUAUUUACAUGAAGCAGUACGGUGCUGGGGAGACUGAAUAGAGAAACAAAUACUGUAAGUAGAACUGAAAACGUGAUCAAUAUCCCAACUGGUUGGAGGCUGCUGACAACAUGUAGUUGGCUAUUUACAAGACGUGUAGGAGUUGAACUAGGGACCACGGAACACAAAUCCAUCGAUCGACAGGGAGGAGGAUUUGAACCCAAGACCUCCAGAAUGCAAAUCUAGUGCCCUAACCACUAGGCCACGCCACCUCUUUAUUUGGUCUAGGGUCUAUUUCAGUUAAAUUACUAGGUUCAAUUUAACCUUUGUAUUUACGGCGCUGGAGGUGAAUGGUUAUGGUUAUUGUGAACUGGAGAAAAUGAGAGGAAAUUAUUAUUGUAUCCACAA